GCCUAGUUGGCGCGAGGGGACCUGGUGUGCAGAAAGAGAAGAAGAGUGGGCUGCUGAAGCUUCUCGCCGGGGCGUCUACCAAGAAGAAAUCUCGCUCCCCACCAUCCAUCUCUCCGACCCAUGAUGCCCUGGUGGCAGUGGACACCUCACUCCAGGGUGCAGUGGGUCCUGAAGUGUCCUCACUGUCCAUGCAUGGCAGGGCAGGGUCUUGCCCCAUAGAAAGCGAGAUGCGGGGCGCAGUGGGGAUGGAGCCACUGCACAGAAAGGCGGGCUCCUUGGAUCUGAACUUCUCCUCAUCUCCCUCCAGGCAAGCACCUCUCUCCAUGGCUGCCAUCCGUCCCGAGCCCAAGCCUUUGUCCAGGGAGAGGUAUCGCGUGGUGGUCUCGUACCCUCCCCAGAGUGAGGCAGAGAUUGAGCUGAAGGAAGGUGACAUUGUCUUUGUGCACAAGAAGCGUGAGGACGGCUGGUACAAGGGGACCCUGCAGAGGAACGGCCGCACCGGUCUCUUCCCAGGAAGCUUUGUAGAGAGCUUCUGAAGACAUGCUCUACACAUUCCACUCCCCAGACAAAGGCUCUCUGGGAUCCCUAGGACACAAGAGAAAAUCAAGGCUGUCCUGAGGGCCCCAGGUCCCUUUCAAGGCUCCUGGCAGGGCCACCCUGGAUGGGGGUGGGAGCUCACAACUCCCAACCAAGAGCACACCCUGGGAUUGUUCUCUGACAAAAUGCUUCCCUCUGCGUAAACUGUAAAGAAAUAUCUUUGGAAAGAGAAGCUGCUGAUGCGGGUUGAUUUGCUCUGUGACUUACUGCUAAGCUGCAGCAUUCUUGUUUGCUGCCUAUGCAAGGCCGGAAGCUGCAGAAGGGCUGCGGGGGUUGGGCGGUGGGCAUGGCGCCCAGGGCAUU